AUGCCAGGCAUAUUACCAAUGAAAGUAAUAAAGGUGGGCACCAGCUCACAGAGUCGGAUCGCCCAGGCUUGUGAUCGCUGCCGCAGCAAGAAGAUUCGCUGCGAUGGCAUCCGGCCAUGUUGUUCACAGUGUGCCAACGUCGGCUUCGAGUGCCGCACCAGCGACAAGCUUAGCCGCCGCGCCUUUCCCCGUGGCUAUACGGAAUCUUUGGAAGAGCGCGUGCGCCAGCUGGAGUCGGAGGUCCGCGAGCUGAAGGACCUGCUCGAUGAGAAGGACGAGAAGAUCGAUAUGCUUUCUAAGAUGCACAGCAACCAGCACCGCGCAUCCAUCUCACGAAACAACGCUCUCUCGCCAACAAGCGGUUCAGCAACCUCUGCCUCGUCCUCACCAACAAAUGACAGCAGCGCCAGCGGUAGCCUGUCUCGCCAGUCGACAUCCGUUUCGUCCGCGUCGCCGGGGUCCUCAGCCUCACCAGCAGUCGCAAAGAGCGCGUCGCCAAGGAAUUCGUUAGAUGGUAACGCAACCGCACAGUCAUCCAAAAGAGACUCCAAGCCGUCGUCGACACCAGCAUCAAAGGAGGAUACCUUCCGGGUGCAAGCAUCCCCCUUAGUUCUCGGCGUUGAGAACUCCGACUCGUAUUUUAUGGGCUCCUCAAGCGGCCGCUCGUUUAUUGAUAUUUUCAAGAGAAAAAUGCAGGAGGGUGGCAAGUCCUGCUCGGACUUUCAUGCAGAGACAUUUUUGCACAUCCAAGGCUGCUACCCGCUAGUGAACAAGGUUCCCGCGUCCAGCAUGCGUGCUCCACCUCGUCUGUUCUCAGACCGGUGCGUGAACGUCUACUUCCAGGAAUGGUCGCCUCUCUUCCCCAUCCUGCACCGCCCUGCUUUCCUGCGUAUCUACGACGAGUUUGUCAGCGAUGCAGACAAGGUCAAGAACAACCACAAGCUGGCCCAGUUGUAUCUUGUCUUUGCCAUUGCCGGUCUCUCCAGCGACCAACCUGAUCCGGAGCAGGUUGCUGCUUGCGAGCAGCAGUGGCAGCGUGCGCUCGAUGCCGUCCUCAUGGAUAACACUAUCAUCACACUGCAGUGCCUGGUCCUUGCGAUACUAUACUGCUCCAUGCGCGCCGACUACAAGCGCCUCCAGUACUACAAGGGCGUUGCCAUUGGUCUCUCCCAUCGCCUGGGCCUGCACCAGGGCCAGAAACGCUUCUCUUUCGGUGCCCUGACCAUUGAGACCCGCAAAAAGGUCUUCUGGACUCUUUACACUCUUGACUGCUUCUCGGCUGCCAUUCUCGGUCUGCCCCGGCAGCUGAAUGACGACGACAUCCAUGCCGAGUACCCUGCCGACACUGAUGACGAGUAUGUCACCGAGAAGGGCUUCCAGCCGACACUCCCUGGCGAGUCCACCCGCCUUUCGGCCGCCCUCGCCCUUUUCCGCGUUGCAAAGAUCCUUGCCAAGAUCCUGGACACCAACUACCCAGCCGCUUCUACCCACGAGCUGUCUCUCCAGAAGAUGGCUUCUCUCGAGUCUGAACUGACCGAGUGGCGUGACGCCCUGCCGGCUCACCUCACCCUGACGUUCCGCCAAGAGAAGCCGUCGACGGAUGUGACUGGCAACCGCUCCCCUCUCCUAUCUCUCACCUACUACUACAUCCGCACACUCAUCUGGCGACCCGCCGUCGGUUCCAGCUUGGGUGCCAAGGCGGCCUCUGCUGUUAUGGCUGUCAGCGAGGCGAGCAAGCACAUUGUUCAGAUCAUCGAGCUGCUCGAGGAGCGCAAGAUGGCUUUCUCCAUGUGCAUGAACAAGCCCGAUCUCCUCAUCGUCUGCGGCAUGACCCUGCUGUACCAGAGCAUGGACCUGAAGCAAGACAGCAAGAUGAUGAAGGACACCGAACGCCUUGUCAACACGGUCGUCAAGAUUUCCGACCGCACCAAAGCCCCUGGCUGCUACGACUUUAAGCGCGUAGCUGCCAUGCUUGUCUCUGUGGACGACGUCCACGACACAGCCUCCGGCACACCUUCCGAACCGUCCAUGUCUGCGCCUGCCCGCCGCCCGUCUCCCAGUGGCUCGCAACGGAAGGGCCAGCAGCAGCAGCAACAGCAGCAACAGCAGUUCUCUCUUGGUCACCACAACAGUGCCAGCAUGAGUGAGACAGACCUCCUCGUUCAGCAGGAGAAGCUACGCCGCAUGACCAUGCCUGUCGUUAGCGCUGCCGUCAGCGGUAAUACUCUGGACUCGGAGAUUCGGUCGCGUGCUCGCUCUUCCUUUGACAGCCCACGCGCGCAUGUUCAGCUGCCCAAACAGCAGCGCAUGUCUAUGUCUCAAGCGCAGAUUCUCAACCGCAUGCCGCAGUCUCAACAACUGCAGCACCAGCGCUUGAUGCAGAAGAAGAGCAACCUCGACUUCUUGAACAUGUCGGUGUCUCCAGCGCCGUCCUCGCCUGCCCAGCCGCGCAUGUCGCAGCCGCAGUUCUACAACCACAACCAGAAGUCGCAGUCUCCGUCCAGCGUGACACCUGCCGACUGGGAGGCUCUCUUGAGCUCCAUGGACGGCGGCCACAUGAACGUGUACGACGCCAUCUACGGCGGCCCGAACAUUGGCCUGUCGGCUGCCACCGACACGACACCUGCCUCGGCAACGUCGCAGUCUGGCGACGGCUGGUCUCCCGAGUCUUGGGACCUGAGUGGCUUCACGCUUUCUGAUCUGGCCGGCUCUGGCGGACAGGGCCCGCCCGGCAGCAUCCCAGCUCCGGCGCAGAGUGUGCUGAGCUUCAGCGACGAGAGCAUGAGCUCGGUGGCUGGCGAUGACCUUAACUCGGCCGACCUUGCCAGCCUUGGUCUCGGUGGCCUCGAUAUGGGCGGCCUGCCUUACCGCAGCACCGGCAUUGUUCUAGGCAACGGCCCUGAGAGCUACAAUGUGGACGGUCUCGUCCUGUGA